AUGACUGUUAAUUCUCAACAACCAAUUAUAGAUUCAUUCAAAGAAGCCAAACAAGAUCAGUUGUUUAAAUAUUACGACAGUUUAACCAUAGAAGAACAACAAUCUUUUAUUGAUCAAUUAUCUCGUAUUGACAACCCAUCGAAUUUGAUUUCAACUGUUGAAAAAGCUAUUCAAUAUUCUUCUAGUAACUCAGCUAGUAGAAAUUUCACCCAAUUACCAAAUGAUCAAACAGCAUCUACUUUGGAUUUAUCUAAAGAUGUUUUAACCAAUUGGAAUGAUUUGGGUUUAAAAGCUAUUGCUGAUGGCGAAGUUGCUGUUUUAUUAAUGGCUGGUGGUCAAGGUACUAGAUUAGGAAGUAGUGAUCCAAAAGGUUGUUUUAAUAUUGGCUUACCUUCAGGUAAUUCUUUAUUUCAAAUUCAAGCUGAAAAAAUUUUGAAAGUUGAAGAAUUAACUAAAGAAAAAUUUCAAUUGAAUGAAUUACCAAUUAUUAACUGGUAUAUUAUGACUAGUGGACCAACUAGAAAAGCAACUGAAGAAUUUUUCAUCAAGAAUAAUUACUUCGGUUUGAAAUCUAAUCAAGUUAUCUUUUUCAAUCAAGGUACUUUACCAUGUUUUAAUUUGGAAGGUAAUAAAAUUUUGUUACAAUCUAAAAAUGCCAUUUGUGAAUCUCCAGAUGGUAAUGGUGGUUUAUAUAAAGCUUUGAAAGAUAAUGGUAUACUAGAUGAUUUGAAUGCUAAAAAAAUUAAACAUAUUCAUAUGUAUUGUGUUGACAAUUGUUUGGUUAAAGUUGCUGAUCCUGUAUUUAUUGGUUUUGCCAUUGAAAAGAAUUUUGAUUUAGCUACAAAAGUUGUCAGAAAAAGAGAUGCCAAUGAAAGUGUUGGUUUAAUUGUUUUGGAUCAAGAUAGUCAAAGACCUUGUGUUAUUGAAUAUAGUGAAAUUUCUUCAGAAUUGGCCAACAAGAAAGAUCCAGCUGAUGAAUCAAAAUUAUUCUUAAGAGCUGCUAAUAUUGUCAAUCAUUAUUAUUCAGUUGAUUUCUUGACUAAAAUGGUUCCUAAAUGGAUUUCAUCUCAAGAAUUUUUACCUUUCCAUAUUGCUAAAAAGAAAAUCCCAAGUUUGAAUUCUGAAACUGGUGAAUUUUAUAAACCAACUGAACCAAACGGUAUUAAAUUAGAACAAUUCAUUUUUGAUGUUUUCCCAAGUGUUGAAUUGAGUAAAUUUGGUUGUUUGGAAGUUGAUCGUACCGAAGAAUUUUCUCCUUUAAAGAAUGCUGAUGGUGCUAAGAAUGAUACUCCAACUACCUGUAGAAGUCAUUAUCUUGAAAGAGGUACCAAAUGGGUCAAAGAUAAUGGUGCUAAUGUUGACGGUUUAGUUGAAGUUAAAUCAAGUUAUGCCGGAGAAGGUUUACAAUUUGUCAACGGUAAAACAUACAACAACAAUGACAUUAUUUAA